AUGUCCCUCACGAGUUUAGAACUCAACUACCUUAUCUGGAGGUAUCUCCAGGAAAGCGGGUUUGAGCUAGCUGCUUAUGCCCUACAGCAAGGUUCCCACUGUCUUGAAUACGAACAUGAGAAGAACAAAUUAAUAGACUCGAUAGAACCAGGCUGCUUGGUCAACUUAGUUCAGAAAGGCAUUCUUUAUACGUUCGUCGAGGAUGCUGCAGAGGGGAAAAACGAGCGGAUUUCGCUUGUGAAUGCUAUUCUAAAAGAUAACCAAAACCGUGUGGAUAGUGGGCUGGAGAAGGACGCUCUGCGAUUCACGCUAAAGAAAGAUUCUGCUGUUGAAAACGGCUCCAACGAUGUUGAUAUGGAUGCUGAUUCGGCUACGGCUUUGAGCAAUGGCAAGAACGACGCAGAGGCCGAAGAACCAGAGGAAGAAGUUCCCGAGGUCGUCAACUUCUCGACAAAGCUUUUAGCGCCAUCCACAAAGUUUUCCAGCUCUCUAGCUGCUCAAUACCACCCAAGUACUUCCGUGCUAGCGUAUGGCUGUGAUGACUCGACAGCGAAGAUCCUAGCCUUGGAAAAUGGCACCAUCGCAGAAAACGUUACGCUAAAUUAUCCACCACUUAUAAACGGCAAUGACCAGACUCCAUUACCAAACGAAAUAACCACCGUCUCGUGGUCUCCUCUGGGGACCAUGGUCCUUACGGCUGGCAUUAACGGAGAAAUAAGAGCAUGGACUCCUGAUGGCAAACUAAAGAAUAUUGUAAAUACCCCAGUGGACUCCACUAAAGUUGCAGCUCCCCUCCACACCGUUCUGUGGAGUCCGAGAGGCCAAUUCGUGCUUACUAUCGAUACUUCAGCCACUGUGCGUAUAUGGGAAGGAGAUAACCUUACACCUAUUCAAGAGCUCCGAAGCCAGGACAGUCCAAGUUCAACCUGUCUCGAGGCAUGCUGGGUCAGCGAAAACAAGUUUGCAUUAGCCACAUCCAAGAAUGCUAUCAAGAUAAAUUCAGUUAAUCCCCAGGCUCCAUUCGGGUCUGCAGAGUCAGUCGUUACUGUUGGUCUUGUUGCUGGUCACCUUAAUCCAAUAACUAAUCUCACAUUCAGUCCUGUUUCCAAGCUUUUGGCUUCCGCUUCAGAUGUUGACUAUGCCAUCAAGGUAUGGAACAGUCUGUCAUCGCGUGAUGCUUUGGAGCUCAAUGUUUCUACCGAAAACGAGACUGACAUCAGCUACCACACAUCUCCUAUUGUGGGACUUCAUUGGCUCACAGGACCCAGCGACGUUCAAGGCAACGAGCUUCUCUCUGUAUCCAUGGACGGUGUUGUUAAUGUGUGGGAUGCUUUCACAGGAGAAGCCAUCAGAAGCACUAAUAUAUUCAAGAGUCCCGACAGCUACCACUUUGGCGAGGAAAACUCCAUUGACACCAGUAACCCAUUAAUCUUCGCCAGCGCCUUAUCUCAUGACGCUCGCUUUUUGGCCAUUGGUGAUGAUACUGGAAAUGUGACGAUAUGGGAUGUUGCCACGAAACGUUACAGAGGUACAACUACCAGUCUAAGGUGUCUUGGGUUCUUCGAGUUCAAGGAGCAGGAGGACGCCAAAGAUGUGGGCAUAUGCGACAUAGCGUGGGACAGCAAAAAUGAACUACUCACAGUAUGCUACAAAGGUAGCGAGAGUGUGGUGCUUAAGUGGAACGGGUACGAUGAGUGA